AUGUCGGGCGGCGCGGCGAGCGCCCCUAAGCCCCUCCCGUCCUCUGGGCCCAAGUCGCUGCGGGAGAUGUCGCAUCCCCUGGCCACGUCCAGCAGCGAGGAGAUGGGGCCGGCGCUCACCCCCAGCCCCGACCUGCUCCUGCCCCGCAGCAUCGCCGACAAGGAUCUCAGUCUGCCCAAUGGCACACCUGUGGACACUUCUAGUCCAGCCUCCUCCUCAUCUCUCCUUAACAGACUGCAGCUGGAUGAUGACUUGGAUGUGGAAACUAGAGACCUCUUUGUUACUGUUGAUGAUCCCAAAAAACAUGUGUGCACAAUGGAGACAUAUAUCACAUACAGGGUUACAACAAAGACCACACGAGCAGAGUUUGAUUUGCCAGAGUAUUCUGUCCGACGGCGGUACCAAGACUUCGACUGGUUGAGAAACAAGCUGGAAGAGUCUCAGCCAACGCAUCUUAUUCCCCCUCUUCCUGAAAAAUUUGUGGUGAAGGGUGUUGUUGAUCGCUUUUCGGAAGAGUUUGUGGAAACAAGGAGGAAAGCAUUAGACAAGUUCUUGAAGAGAAUAACUGAUCACCCAGUGCUGUCUUUUAAUGAACACUUCAAUGUCUUUCUCACAGCUAAGGAUCUUAAUGUCUACAAAAAGCAAGGAAUGGCUUUGCUGUCAAAGAUGGGGGAGUCUGUCAAAUACGUUACAGGAGGCUACAAAUUAAGAAGUCGGCCGCUGGAGUUUGCAGCCAUUGGGGAUUAUCUAGACACAUUCUCUCUAAAACUUGGUACCAUUGACAGAAUAGCACAACGGAUCAUCAAGGAACAGUUGGAAUACUUGGUGGAACUACGAGAAUAUGGACCUGUUUAUUCAACCUGGGGAGGGCUGGAGGUUGAGCUGUCAGAGCCACUGGAAGGAGUGUCUGCCUGUAUUGGGAAUUGCUGCACAGCUCUUGAAGAACUCAGUGAGGACAUGACAGAAGACUUCCUGCCUGUGCUUAGGGAAUACAUACUGUAUGCUGAGUCAAUGAAGAAUGUGUUGAAGAAGAGAGACCAAGUUCAAGCAGAGUAUGAAGCAAAACUGGAAGCAGUAGCCUUGAAAAGAGAAGACCGUCCAAAGGUACCCACAGAUGUUGAGAAAUGUCAGGACCGAGUAGAAUGUUUCAAUGCUGACCUGAAAGCAGAUAUGGAGAGAUGGCAGAACAACAAAAGACAAGACUUCAGGCAGCUACUCAUGGGGAUGGCAGAUAAAAACAUCCAGUAUUACGAGAAGUGCCUUACGGCGUGGGAGUCAAUUAUACCACUAUUGCAAGACAAGCCAGAGACCAAAUAAGAAGUACCUUCAUGGACAGUCUAGCACUUCUAUGCUCAGUACCACUAGUCAUACCGGAGCUGUAUGGAGGACACUUCUUGUUAAGUUAAUUGAAAUGACAGCUGCACUUAGUUUUUCAGAGUAUCUGUUCCAGCCUGUUUGAAUUUUUUUCCUCAAUUUUUGUUUAAACUGGGAUAUGUUUCAUCUUUUUGAGUUGUCUUGAAUGGUUCCUUCUUUAUCCUAUGGAGUGAUUGGGGUUCACGGUGAAAGUGCAUGGGGAUCUUGUUAAAAUUUACCUCUCUAGUCUGGAAGGAACUGAUGAGUGGAACACUAAAAAGAUGAAAAUAAAACUCUACUGCAAGGUGCCAAAUGACAUUUUUACUAUUCUGUUUUGUUUGCUUUAAAAAAAAAAAAACAAUAAUAAUUGCUUCUAUGAAACAGUACUCCUAAACCAAUCCUUACCCUUUUUUUUUUUUUUUGGUUUGUUUUGUUUUUUUUUGUUUUUUAAAUGGACAAAGAAAGGCUGGGAAAGAAUAUUUUCUGUUUUGUUACCACCCGUGUGCUGCCUCUGGAUGAAAUGGUCUCUGUAGACUUUUCUGUCUGGGAGUUGGGCUGGUUCUAGACAGACCUUACCAACACUAGCUGCAGAUAGCUGGUAAUUCAAGCAUGAACUGUGGUUUUUGUGAGUGUGGCAUGCUAUUGGUUCAUACUGAAUAUCUUUGUUUACCUUGGUGAUUAUGAAGUAAUGUCAGUUUACUGAAGUGUACUUGUGACUGACUUGGGGAUCAAAACCAGCUUAGCAGCGGGAAUGAGUUGGACUGCAGCCUUUCAAGGAUUGUUUCUGGAAUGGGGGAGGAAGUAUGAGUCUAAUUUUUCCACAGCUAGCUCUGGAAGUUGCAGGGUGAUCUCUUACACCAAGCUUUAUAUGUGGGUUUUACUAGAGUCACUUUAGGCUUGGUCACCUAAGAUGCCUGCUGUAAUAAAAGUAGAACUCUGCUUUCUCUUCCCACACUCUUUGCAGCAGCCAAAAGGUGUCAAAUGUUUCCUUCCACCAAGCUUCCGUGUGUGAAACUUGCCUUAAAUGGGUUGCUGAGGGUAGAUGGGUACCCUAUUAGGUACACAUCGUGUUCAUACCUGUCUCUGCUGAACCACAUGGCAAGUCUUUUAGUAUUACUCUUGUUACAGAUCAAUUUUCUUUGUAGUUUA